CGCCGGGGCCGCCGCGGGCCCGUACCCAGGCGCAGAGCGCGGCGCACGGCGGUGGCGAGGGCAGCGGGCGGGACGGUGGGAGGCCGCCUUGGACCGGGAUGGCGGACCGGCGGCGCGCAUGGAACACGGAGGACGACCUGCCCGUGUACUUGGCGCGGCCCGGCAGCUCGGCGCAGACCCCGCGCCAGAAGUACGGCGGCAUGUUCGCCGCGGUGGAGGGCGCCUACGAGAACAAGACCAUCGACUUCGAUGCGUACAGCGUGGGCCGCCGCGGCUCGGCGCGCACGCCGCGCAGUGCUGGCCGGCCCGACGCGGUGGGCCUGCCGGGACCCGGAGGCAGCGAGGACACGGCUAGCGACGUGAGCGAACCCUCGGGCUCGGCAGUCAGCUCACCAGGCGAGCGCGACGAGCGGCCGCUGGCGCUGCACCUCCGCUGCCCUGCGCCCCGCGACCUGCCGCUCCGUCGGGACAAUGGCCAGAGUGACCGACUCCUCAUCAAAGGUGGACGGAUCAUCAACGAUGACCAGUCCUUUUACGCUGAUGUCUACUUGGAAGAUGGACUUAUAAAACAAAUAGGAGAGAACUUAAUUGUUCCUGGCGGAGUGAAGAUCGUGGAGGCCAAUGGGCGGAUGGUCAUUCCUGGAGGUAUUGAUGUCAACACGUACCUGCAGAAGCCCUGCCAGGGGAUGACCGCAGCCGAUGACUUCUUCCAAGGGACCAAGGCCGCGCUGGUGGGCGGGACCACAAUGAUCAUUGACCAUGUGGUUCCCGAGCCUGGGUCCAGCCUGCUGACCUCUUUCGAGAAGUGGCACGAAGCAGCUGACACCAAAUCUUGCUGUGACUACUCUCUCCACGUGGACAUCACGAGCUGGUACGAUGGCGUUCGGGAGGAGCUGGAGAUGCUGGUUCAGGACAAAGGCGUCAAUUCCUUCCAAGUCUACAUGGCCUAUAAGGAUCUCUACCAAAUGUCUGACAGCCAGCUCUAUGAAGCCUUCACCUUCCUCAAAGGGCUGGGAGCUGUAAUUUUGGUCCACGCAGAAAAUGGAGAUUUGAUAGCUCAGGAACAAAAGCGGAUCUUAGAGAUGGGCGUCACAGGUCCUGAGGGCCAUGCCCUGAGCAGACCGGAAGAGCUGGAGGCGGAGGCAGUGUUCCGGGCCAUCACCAUCGCUGGCCGAAUCAACUGCCCUGUGUACAUCACCAAAGUCAUGAGCAAGAGUGCGGCGGACAUCAUCACCCUGGCCCGGAAGAAAGGCCCCCUGGUUUUCGGAGAGCCCAUUGCAGCCAGCCUGGGGACCGACGGCACCCAUUACUGGAGCAAGAACUGGGCCAAAGCUGCAGCGUUUGUGACCUCCCCUCCUCUGAGCCCUGAUCCCACCACGCCGGACUACCUGACCUCCCUGCUGGCCUGUGGGGACCUACAGGUCACAGGCAGCGGCCACUGUCCCUACAGCACAGCCCAGAAGGCAGUGGGCAAGGACAACUUCACUCUGAUCCCUGAGGGCGUCAACGGGGUUGAGGAGCGGAUGACUGUCGUCUGGGACAAGGCGGUGGCUACUGGCAAAAUGGAUGAGAACCAGUUUGUCGCUGUCACCAGUACCAAUGCAGCCAAGAUCUUUAACCUGUACCCAAGAAAAGGGCGGAUUGCUGUGGGCUCUGACGCCGAUGUGGUCAUCUGGGAUCCGGACAAAGUGAAGACCAUAACAGCCAAAAGUCACAAGUCGGCAGUUGAGUACAACAUCUUCGAGGGCAUGGAGUGCCACGGCUCCCCGCUGGUGGUCAUCAGCCAGGGCAAAGUCGUCUUUGAAGAUGGAAACUUGAAUGUCAACAAGGGCAUGGGCCGCUUCAUCCCCCGGAAGCCUUUCCCUGAACACCUGUACCAGCGCGUCAAAAUCAGGAAUAAGGUUUCUGGAUUGCACGGGGUUUCCAGGGGCAUGUAUGACGGUCCUGUGUAUGAGGUGCCAGCUACGCCCAAAUAUGCAACUCCUGCUCCUUCAGCCAAAUCGUCGCCUUCCAAACACCAGCCCCCGCCCAUCCGGAACCUCCACCAGUCCAACUUCAGCUUAUCAGGUGCCCAGAUAGACGACAACAACCCCCGGCGUACCGGCCACCGAAUCGUCGCACCCCCCGGUGGCCGCUCCAACAUCACCAGCCUCGGCUGAACCCCAGGCGCGAUGGGCUAGGGUGAAGGAUUCUGGGAAUAAUGUCCGUUCCUUUUCCCGUCAGUGUUUUUGAAACCCACAGUUUUAGUUGGUACUGAUGGAGGGAGGGGGAAAUGGAAUGAAGUUCUCCCCCGUUUUUUUUAAUUUAGGAAGAAGUGGUACUAGUGUGGUGUGUUGCUUGGAAACUCCUUGCCCACAGUUGUGUGUUCCUGCUGAAUUCACCUCGGAGCAUGGUGUUCUCACUUCCCCUUCCUCGUGAACCACAGGUUUUAGCAUCGUCUUGUCCUGUUCCUUCCACUUCUAACUCCACCGGCUCCAUGAUUCUCUGCGUGGUGGUUCCUUUGCACCCUUGUAGCUGUUCUAGGAUAGUUGAUGCAUGUUACUAAAUUAUGUAUGCAAGUCUGUGAGUGCGUCUGAGGGGACAUCGCCAAGGACUGAUGGAGACACGAUGCCAAGACCUUAAGCCCUCAGGGGCAAUUCCAAAACUCUUAAAGCGAAGAUGUUUACUCAUUGCUCCUCCUGCCCGAGUCUAGAAAGAAGCCCAGCCCACCCUGCCCCCACCGAGGUCUUCUGCGAGUUCUCAGAAUGGCAGGGGGUGCCUUCCUCUUGGUUGCAGAGAAGCAUCAGCCACAUUCUGUGUCAGAAACCCUGGUCUCUGUGGCACUUGUGACUCGCCAUGCUGUCUCUCUGGUCUGUGUAUGCUCUUCCGGACAGCUCUGGGCUUCUGGCCGAGCCAGGUUCACGCUAAGAAAGGGGUCUCUCCAUCCCCACCCAGGGCUGACCCUGGUGGGGUGACAGCUGCUCCCGGGUUGCCUGAGUCCUGGUCCCUCUGAGGCAGUUGACGGGGCAGUCAGAUUUUUAAAGUUUUGUACAAAGUUUUUCCUUUGUAAUCACCCCCAUUUUUACUUAACAACCAACUUGUUGUGGCUCUUAUUUCUGAAUUCAAAGCUUGUGAAAAAAUAAAGAAAAGAAACUGCCCGCUGA